AUGACUCUAUCAGAGAUGUCGUGGCGUUCGUCUUUCCGCUGCUCAAAGUUUCGUCACGUUUUCGGGAAGCCGUCCACCAAGGAGCACAGCUACGACGGGGUGCCAAUCACACGCAGCGUCCAUGACAACCACUACUGCUCAGCAAAUCCCUGCUUCAUCGCUGUGGUGACCGAGUGCGCCGGGGGCGGGUCCUUUUUAGUCCUGCCCAUCCAUCAUACAGGCAGGGUGGACCCUCAGCACCCGAGGGUGUGCGGUCACAGUGGGAGGGUCCUGGACGUCAAGUGGAACCCGUUUGAUGAUCACUGCAUCGCCUCGUGCUCAGAGGACUGCACCGUAACAUUACAAGACCAAUCGGUUUAUGGAACCAAUUUUGANGUCUGUGGCGUCCAACAGAACCUCACUAAGGCCAGGAAGACUCUGAUUGGUCACUCCAGGAGGGUGGCGCUGAUUGAGUGGCAUCCGACCGCUGAGAACCUGCUGCUUAGCUCCGCCUACGACUACAAGGUCCUCCUCUGGGAUGUGUCCCAGGUAGGCACAGUGCUCAGGUACCCAGUCCGCGUGGUCCUGAUGCCCAUCUACCACCGCUACCCGUCUGAUGCGCUGCUGCUGUCUGUCAGCUUCAACAGUGAUGGCAGCAGGCUGGCGGUCACGUCCAAAGACAGACGGGUUCGAGUCCUGGACCCGCGGACAGGAAGGAUCCUGCAGGUGUCCAACAGCAAGUCCCACAGGGCUAGUAAGGUUUUAUACAUCGGAGGGCUGAAGAUGCUUCUGUCCACUGGCAGCUCACCCUGGAACCACAGACAGAUUGUCCUGUGGGACCCUGACGACUUAUCUGAGCCACUGUAUGAGGAAGAUUUGGAUGGGUCUGCAGGAGUCCUCUUCCCGUUUUACGAUCCAGACACACACAUGCUCUACUUGGCUGGAAAGGGUGACGGGAACAUCCGGUACUACGAGCUGAGCACUGAGAAACCUUACAUCAACUUCCUGACGGAGUACAGGUCCCCGCUGCCACAGAAAGGACUUGGGGUGAUGCCAAAGCGCGGCCUGGACGUCAGUGCCUGUGAGGUUUUCAGAUUUUACCGUCUGAUCGCCAUUAAAGACCUGGUGGAGCCGCUGUCAAUGAUCGUACCAAGAAAAGAGUCAGGUAUUUUCCAAGAGGAUCUGUACCCAAUGACAGCUGGAAACCAGGCGGCCAUGACGGCUCAGGAGUGGCUGUUGGGGAUGAACAGAAGCCCAGUGCUGAUGUCCCUGAAGCCUGAGAGUCAAAUAGCCAACCCUUACCCAGAAACCCCUGCUGAGAAGGGGCUAGUGAGGCAGCUGAGCUCCCUGAGGUUCCAGAUGGGUCCGGCUGUCGGUGCAGUGACUGGGACACAUCUGCACUUUAUCGAAGAGGCCUUCCUUGAGGAGCAGCUGUCCUACCAGGACGCCAAAUACCCGAGAGAGGUGAGCGAUCUGUCGGGGUGGCAGCCAGAUGAGACCCAGAUCCCUCUGUGGACGUACUGCUGCACGCCACACUGCUGUGAACCUGCAGAGAGGCCGCCGCCUACGACCGAGAGCGAGCUCCUGCAGGCGUUUUACAGACAGCAAGACGAGAUCAGAGGCCUGAGAGAACAACUGAAUGAGAAAGACGUGAGGAUCGCACAGCUGGAGCGCGACAUAAAAAACACCAGAAACAACAUGAGGGCGACCUUCUGAUUCAACCCGUCAACUCUCAUGCUGCUGUUUUAACACAAACUCCUCAACAUGUCCGACCAGUAAAGGAAACGCCGCUGACAUCUUCACAUCGCUAUGGACCCAGGUGUCCAGAAGUACUCUGAUCAGACAUCGACCAUCGGAUCGGAUCAAAUCUCAAAAAUGGGUUCAGAGGAAAAGAAAAGGAUUCUGAAAUCAGAUUAGAUGUAAUCCAGUCUCGGUUCUGAUCUGGAUUGAACCUUCAGUAUAUGUUGUUCCAAACUCUUUAGUGGGAUUGGGAUACCUUUGAUCAGGAUAAUCCAAAAUGGAUCUUUGUUUCGUUCUCUUUAGUGGCACAGAUUGUGACAAGCAGUAGUUGAUGUGUACUUGUUGGCAGACUAAGACUUGAAACGAGGCUUCUGAAUUUAUUUGUAUCAGACACCCGGGUUGUGCUACUGCAGAUGCAACUGUAACGUACAUUUAUUACUUUAUCUAAUCACAACAACACAGUCAAACACAGUCUGAUAGCAUCAACCUGCUGUUUCUGUCUCCUAAUAAAAACACAUAAGUGACCCCAUGCUGGAUAUCCGACCUGUUCUUUACAAAGCCAGUAUCCUACACUGUGAUAGACACAUUUAGAGCACUGGUUAUCUGGAUUUCGUCAUCUUGAGAAGUUUGUAUCUUGGCCAGUGUGACCUGGUUACAACUUUUUUAUGAUUUAAAACACUUUUAGCAAAUCAAGAUGUUUCUCUUGAACUCUUUUGGUCCAGACUUAAAACAACUAUUGGACGAACUGAAUUUAUAAAGCGAUGCGUUCAUGGACUCUAGAUGAUGAGCUGUAAGACAUCUGGAUAAUCAUCCAAUAUUCAUGUUUUUAGAGACAACUUGAGAACGAAUCCUUAAAAAACGGGGACCAAACAACAUACAAUCACUUAAAAAAAAAAUCAACUCAUCAGCGCCAUCUGGUGGGCAAACCAUCAGGAUUCCCACUCCCAAUUUUCAUAGACAAAAUUUCAAAACUUUUACAUGAUUUUUUAAGGACCGGAUACAUCGCAUAAAAACAUAAUUCCGGCUAGCUGCCA